CGUGCUCCCCGCAAACUGCCUGUGGCGCCACCACAAGAACCAAGCAUUCUAGUACGAGUACAUCCUUCCUUUCCCAUUCCAACUUCCAUACCACACGUGAGUUGGCCUGUCGAAGUCCACGUCCCACGUCCAUCCACGUGUCAACCACCAGCAACAUGUCGUCGACUUCAACCUCACCCAUCGUCGACAUCCAUACUCACAUGUACCCUCCAAGCUACAUCUCACUUCUAUCGAAAAGAACCACCGUGCCAUACAUCUAUCAACCAUCCGACCCCACUGCCGACCCCCGCUUGAUCAUCCUAGAAUCUGACGAUGAUCCCUCGAAACCCAAAGAGUCACGUGGUCGCCCUGUCGACAGCACAUACUCAUCCUUUGACAAGAAGCGGGAGUUCAUGUCGAUCCAUGGCAUCUCAUGUAGUGUCAUCUCACUAGCCAACCCAUGGCUUGAUUUCUUGGAUCCAGAGAUUGCUCUGUCCACUGCGGUCGCUAUCAACGACGACCUGGAAAACGAGUGCGCGAAGAACAACUCAUCUUCAGAGCACCAGGGAUUGAAGCUCUACGCCUUUGGUACUUUGCCGCUGUCGGCCCCGGCAAAGGAUAUCGUCUCCGAGAUUCAUCGUCUCAAGUUCCUUCCUCACAUGAAGGGAGUCAUCAUGGGCACCACGGGCUUGGGUCAAGGUCUUGAUGAUCCCGCCCUCAACGAUGUCUAUGCCGCCCUGGCUUCCACGGGGACAAUUGUGUUUUUACAUCCUCACUACGGCCUCCCGGCUGAAGCUUUUGGCGGGCCUUCGGUCGUCUCCAAGACCGGUCACGUCCUUCCUCUGGCCUUGGGCUUCCCCCUUGAGACCACCAUCGCCGUCUCGAGAAUGUAUCUGGCCGGCGUCUGGGACCAACACCCCAAGCUCGAGUUCUUGCUCGCCCAUUCCGGCGGCACCCUGCCUUUCCUCGCCGGCCGCCUCGAAUCUUGUGUUGCUCACGAGCGAGAGUUUAUUGCCAACGGUGGCAAAACCCAAGGCCCUGAGCGAUCCAUCUGGGAUGUCCUCCAAAACAACAUCUACCUGGAUGCUGUCAUUUACGGCAAGCCUGGCUUAAAGGCCGCUAUAGAGGCUGCCGGAUCUGUCGACAGAGUCAUGUUUGGUACCGAUCAUCCAUUUUUCCCUCCCCUUGGUGAAGAGGGCGGUAAGUGGCUGAGCGUUGAGAGCAACAAAACCGUCAUCAACGGAGCCCUAUCCCAGGAUGACCAAUCGAUCAAAAAGAUACUUGGAGGAAACGCUGUAAGAGUACUAGGGCUCGAAUUAUAAUAGUUUCACCAAAUAAAGUGCUCGUCACGAAUUUGACCACA